ACUUUGACAGUGUUGUUGAAGGAGAAGAAGAAAGGCCAGAUAUGGCGGCCUACAUGAGAAGCGUGAUAAUUCUGCUCUCCACGGAGCGAAACGCGUUGCUGAGGAGAGGUUGCGACUACACAGUGGUAUCAAGGCGGUAUGUGAGGGGGCUGAGGAGGACACCCGUCAAGGUGUUGUUUCCCGACAGCAACAGGGAGACCGUGGCUCCUCCAAAGGGGUCUGAGGGUCGGAAGGAACCGAAGCCCGCUCCUCCAAAAGCUCCUGGGAUGAAGAGGACCUUCAGUCCUCCAGCAGCGAUCAUGAUCCCGAGCCAUGCGUCUGUGCCUGCAUCGGAGCAAUCAAACAUCACCUUUUCCAAAGACCGAAUCGGAGGACUUCGUUUCGAAACAGCCUUCCCCGGAGACAAAAGACUGGCGAGGGUGGUGAGUAUCGCCCGCUCUCGGACGUUCCGGGAGCACCAGGGUAAGAUCCUUCUGGAGGGGAAGCGUCUGAUCUGCGACGCCCUGGAGGCCGGAGCCCACCCCCAGAUGGUGUUCUUCAGCCGGGUGGAGAAGCUGUGUGAGCUGCCCCUGGACAAGCUGAAGAGAGCCACUCUGGUUAAAGUCAAGUUUGAGGAGAUCAAGAUCUGGUCCGAACUUGUGGCUCCUCAGGGGGUGAUGGCCAUAUUCUCCCGCCCCGACCCGGAGAAGAUGAGCUUCCCGAAGGCCCGCCCCACCGUGCCGCUGUCCCUGAUCUGUGACAACAUCCGGGACCCCGGCAACAUGGGCACCAUCCUGCGCUCGGCCGCCGCCGCCGGCUGCCGGGACAUCCUGCUCACCAAGGGCUGCGUGGACCCCUGGGAGCCGAAGGUCUUGCGUGCGGCGAUGGGCGCCCACUUCCGCCUCCCCGUCCACUGCAGCCUGGACUGGAAGGACAUCAGAGCUCGCCUCCCGGAGCACACCUCCGUCCACGUGGCCGACAACUACUGUGGCCCCGCGAGCGCAGAAGAAGAAGAGGUAACGGAGCAUCGUCACGCAGAGGUCAGAGGUCAACCUACCGGAGCCCUGAAGGGGGACUACGGUUGGGUGAGCACGCGGCGUGGACGGGGGAACCCCGACCACGCCGCGUACGACUCGGACUCGGACUCGGACGACGAGACGGCCCCGGGGCUCCAGCUGCCCCGGGUCGACGCCCUGCUCUACCACGAGGGGUGGGGCCGGGGGCCGGCCGCGCUGGUGGUGGGCGGGGAGACCCACGGCCUGAGCCUGGAGUCGGUGGGGCUGGCGGCGGAGACGGGGGGCCGGCGGCUGCGGAUCCCCAUGGUGCCCGGCGUGGACAGCCUGAACUCGGCCAUGGCGGCCAGCAUCCUCCUCUUCGAGGGACGGAGGCAGAUGUUGGACUCGGUGGAGACAUCCGCAAGGAAAGGGAAGGCGGAGAGGCGGCUGAUAUGAGUGCGUUUGUGUUUGAAUGAGGAGUUUGUUUGUGAUGAUUCAUGAGACGUUUUGCCCGUUUACAGUUGGUUUGUGGUGUGUUGGCCUGUACUGCUGAAGGAUCUUCGAGGGCUGAAAGUUUUGAUUUGUAGGGAGAGGGACUGCAUCAAUCAAGAUGUCUUCUGCCACAGGCUCUGAGGUCGUUUUUGUACUGCGAUUGGUUGUCUAGUGAUUUAUAUAUGAAGUUAGCCUAAACUGUAAAUAAAAUAUAUAACUCCAUGCGAA